CGACUUUAAAAAAAGAGACACGAGAAAAUCGAUAUUGUUAUGAUCGUAGGAGAGGGCAAUGAAUGACGCGAUCAUUGGGUCAUGCCUUCUCCAGGCCCAUGUUUUCUUCAUUAAAAAAAGGAUUAGAAGACGUAUUUAAGGUGACCGAAGGAAAUCCUGUACAGGAUGGAAGAGGACGUAGAUAAAAAAGAAGAACAAGAAGUUGCAGAGAAACAACCCUGUUCUUUACCUAAUUCAGACGAACAGCUUACAUGUUCUCUUUAUCUUUCCUGCAACGGUAUUCCUCGUGGUCAGGAUCACCAAGAUCAAGAUGGAGAAACUCUUCGGUCCCGAUUAGAAGAAGCUAUCGGCGCUUACGAGCCUUCAGGUACAUGGCAAAUUUCUGAAACUUCUUGCGGCUUUAUUGUAACGUUCGAUCGUGAAACUGACGUGGAUAAUUUUUUACAACGUUGCGAUUUUACACGGCUUUUUGAAGGACCCGUACAAGUAGCUCGACUUGCUCCAAGAGAUACUCGAUAUCGACAAGCCGUGUUACUUCGUGAUGUACCUUGGGCAAUACCUCUUCAAGAUUUAAGCUCUGCCUUGGCGAAGCAAGGAAUAGCGACUGGAAUUAUCGAGAGAUCGCGUCAAUAUGUUCGCGUUGAGCUUUUGGAUAUGGAACAUUACGAACUUCUAUUAAGACAAGGAUUAGAUUUCUUCGGUGCUGCACGAUUCAGUGCUAUUCCCGAACGAUGGUGGCGUCCUGGAACUGGAAAUGCAACUAUGCCACCAAUACCUCCUGGUAAUUUCCCUCCAGGACAUCCUGCUGAAACAUCGAAUCCUCAUCAAGGCGAUGGUGUACUUCAGUGCUAUCGAUGCCAAGGUUUUUGGCAUGUAGCUGCUAAUUGUCGACAUCUUCCAAGAUGCGUUCGCUGUGGAGAACCUCAUAGCGUUGAAUUUUGUCCAAGGCCACGAAAUAGUCCUAUCUGUUGUCACUGUUCUGGUCCUCAUCAUGCAGGCUACCGACAAUGUCCUGUAAGAUUGCAAUUAUCCAAUGCUACUCCCAUCAGUAUCACUUUAAGCACGGUACGAGCCGAAGGUCAAUAUUCGACAAAUCCUGCCAAUAAUAAAUCAACAACUUCUCCUCAAGGAUUGCAAUCAUUAAAACCAAAUCAUUCCUAAGCGACUAAUUUCAGUUUUACGUUUGAAAAAAACAAUGGAUUUCUCUUCUCCAUUUUUUUGGUCGAUUAUUCAAAAUCUUCCGGAUCUCUUUUAUGUUGACUCGAUACUAUAUGAAAUAAGACCCGUGAUCCAUGUGAUCCAUGAUUGAAGACUGAUUAUAAACUUGUUCUCCGAUAACUAGGCUAUCGUGCUAAUGUUACGUGAAAGUUUCUCUUUUUAACGAAGAAGAACGUAACACAGAAGAAACAUUUCUUUCCUCUAUGUUUAUCUCUAUUAUGUUUUGUAACUAUUUUCAAUUAAAUACGUAACAUAUAUAUAUAUGCACUAUGUAUAAAUAUUUUUUUUUAAUAAUAUAUUCUUUCUUUCUCUUUCUUUUUACGAAUAGAUGUAGAGCAAACUUUGUCAUUUUUCGAAGUAUCGCGAUUUCCAACAACGUCGGUGAAACUCGACUUACAAAAUUUGUAAAGAAAGCUAUAGUUUACUAUCCGCAAAGUAAUGCAAGUAUCUCUGUUUUUUCUUACUUCUUUUUUACUUCUCAACUGCGCCCCACUUUCUUCGUCCUAGUCGAAGUGAAUGUUCAGUGAAUCCCCCGUCACACGACGAUAAAGUCGCAACAGAGGAGGGGCCACUAACAUAAGGAAAUAAGAUAUCCGCACAGUUAUAUUCAGUUAUUUCAUUUAAAUCAAUCGGUAGACCAUCUCUGGACUAACAAUAAAUGAAAGUGCAAAACUAAGACUGAAUUACAUAUGUACAGUGUCUGUUGUUACGUAGUGAAAGAAUGUAAAAUCUGCAAAAUUAAAAAGAAAGAAAAGUGUGUUUAUUAUCACAUAAUUUUAAAUGAUUUAUAUGAAUCAAUUGUUAUAUUUCAAUGAAUUCUUCAAAAUUGAACAUCAUGAAAAUUAUAUAUUUUAAAAUUUUUUUAAGGAUUGCGAGGAAUUACGUCGGAACCUAAUUGUUUAACAUACGUAAGAGCGGUUUAUUAUUACGAGCAAACUGUUGCUAUCGUUGAUCUCACAGUUAAUAACGUAUUACACGAUUGUAAUCUUAUCGAAAUAUAGUAAGUAUUACUAUUAUAUUGUUAAUUUAGACAUAGAUAAGCAUAAAAGCAUAGAUAAAUUAAUAAAUUAAAUUUAUAUAUUCCCCUUAUAUAGUGAACCAGAAGAAGCUAACGAAGUACUUCGAAAUCUAUCACUAACUGUA